ACUUCCGUCCUCGCGGGAAAGCUGGGAAGUCGGAGGCCAGGAGAGGUGGGAACCCUGGGGCAGUGGCUGUCCGGAGUCUAGGCGACGGGGCGAGACGGCGCCGGUAGGUGGCAGGAGGGGGCCGAGCCGGAGCCGGCGAAACCGCCUGGCCCGGAGGCCCCCAUCCUGGCGUACCCGUCCCGGCUCGGGAGGAGGAGGAUGAUCUCCAGAUACACUCGGAAAGCCGUGCCACAGAGCUUGGAGCUGUGGGCGUGUCACCCUUAUAGAGUACGAAGACUGGACUUCCUGUGUUGUACUAAGAAAGGAAUAACAAAAAACGCUCUUAAUCAUCAUCCCCUUCCAGAGCAACUAGAUGAAACUUCUUCUGCCAGUAACAGUCAUGAAAAAGAUACAAGUUCCCAAAGUGAAUCUGACAUCACCCAAGAAUCACCUUUUACAUCAACUGGCACUGGGAAUUCGAGAUCUGCUUUUCCAAGUUAUACAGGCACAGGGAUCUCUACAGAAGGCAGUUCGGACUUCUCCUGGGGAUAUGGUGAACUUGACCAAAAUGCCACUGAAAAAGUCCAGGCGAUGUUCACCGCCAUUGACGAGCUCCUGUACGAGCAGAAGCCCAGUGUGCACACGAGGAGUCUGCAUGACGAGUGCCAACAGUGGACGUCCAGCUUCCCUCACCUCAGGAUUCUAGGUAGGCAGAUAAUUACUCCAAGUGAAGGUUAUGAACUAUAUCCUAGAUCCCCUUCUGCUGUUCCAGUUUCACGUGAAGCAGUCUUGUCUCAAGAAAGAGAUUCUACUAUAUUUGGUAUAAGGGGGAAAAGGUUACAAUUUUCAUCUCCUUAUGCUCAUAAAGCAUCUUUUAUUGCCAAAUCUCCUGGCUUGUGUGCUAUGGAAACAGAAAAGGAAGAUUGUAUAAUCUUCUCAGAAGGCAUAGUCGAAGAAUACCUAGCUUUUGACCACACAGAUAUGGAAGAGGGAUUUCAUGAAAAGAAAUCAGAAGCAGCUGCAGAGAAACAGAAGUUAGGGUACCCUCCCAUUGCCCCGUUCUACUGCAUGAAAGAGGAUGUCCUUGCCUAUGUGUUUGACGACGUGUGGAGCAAGGUUGUGGGCUGUUUGGAGCAGUUGACACGUAGUCACUGGGAGGGAUUUGCUUCUGAUGAUGAAAGCAAUGUUGGAACCAGCAGGCUGGAUAUGGAAAGCCCCUGCGUGCUGAGUGAGCCGCACCCUUUGGUGUUACCGCGCGUGCCACAGUCUAAGAUGCUGUCCAUUACCUCAGACCUGAUGAGUUUCUGUCAAGCAAGUAGUCACCAGCCAAAUGUGAAUGGCCUCUUGGUUCAUGGGAUGCCUCUACAGCCAAGAAAUCUCUCCCUAAUGGACAAGCUCCUAGAUCUUGAUGACAAGCUACUUAUGAGGCCUGGGUCCAGUACCAUCUUUCCAACCCGAAAUUGGCCAAACCGAGCCCUGGAGCUUAGUACAUCAUCUCUGUCACAUACAGUACAGUCUGCCAGGAGACGUAAUCCCCCACCACGUACCCUCCAUCCGAUCAGCACAAGCCAUUCCCGCACUGGAACGCCAAGACCUGUGGAAGAAAUCCUCAGAGGAUCCCGAGUCCCAGUGGCAGCCGACCCCUUCUCCUCUCCCUCACCAAUGCCCUUGAGUCGAAAUAACCUGCUGCCACCUAUCGGUACCGCCGAAGUGGAACAUCUGAGCACUGUGGGGCCGCACAGGCCAUCGUCGAAACUCCAUGCCCAAGGUGAUUCCAGUCGAGCUCGGAGUGCUGUGACAGACGAGCCUAACCAUCAGCAGCCCCAGGAGAGGAUCCUCUUACCUGACUUUUCCAGACCCAAUACAACUCAGUCGUUUCUACCGGAUACGCAGCGUCGUCAGGCAUGUGCAGCCGAGUAUCCUCAUCAGGCCAGACCUGGCAGGGGAGCCACAGGUUCACAGUUACAUGGCUCUUCAAAAUCUCAAAGCAGGGGUGGACCAGUGGCUAGAACGAGGCAAGGACCAUAGAGCCAACGCGAAGAACCAAUGAGGCUGCAGCAAACACGAGAUUCCGUGAAUCAGUGUUCAGUCGCCGACUGAGUAGAGCUUGUGUGCAACACCAGCUUGACUCCAGCUUCACGAAGUUAUUUGGGAAUAACCGACCGAGGAAAACUGAACGUAUCUGCCAAAGACUGUACGGGUACCGUCUCCCUCUCUGGUGACGGUCUUCCUUCAGCAUAAGUAACCUCUUCCACUGCACAGUAAAGACUAUACCCCAGAGGUAACAGUGAAUGAUUGCCUCCAAUCACUGCUCACGUUGUCUGUUAACAAUGAUCAGUUCAACUACUACGGGACUCUGAGAGAUUACAUAAACACAAAAAGCAGCAAAUUCACUGGCUUCAGAAUCCUUCAGCUAGGAUUAGUUUCUGGACAGCUACACUCAAUUUCAAUUUUUAGUCAACUCAUUUUUAGGAGAUAGUGUCAUCAAACUCUGACCUCAUCAAAUAAAUGUCAUUCCUAAAGCUUUCCCCUUAGACGUCCAACCCUAUUACCAAAAUGAAAUAGAAGAGUGGAGUAAAGAGUGAGCAUUGGUAUAACGUAACUUGCAUAUACUUUUGAUUGGAUUUUCGUUUUUGCUUUUUUUUUCUUAAAGUACUCUACUCACCAUUUUUCCCCAAAAUACUUAACCUGCCUUGGCAGAUCUUCUGCUAAGGCUCUGCAAGUUAUAUUAUAAAAUAAUUUGUAGAAUCUACACUUUCAGCCAUAAAGGAACAAUUCCUUAAAAAAUUUAAGAAACUAUGGCAAUGAGUCCAGUGGAAACAUACCUAAGCGCAGCACAAAUAGAGAACUUAAGCAGUCUUCUGAUUUUUAUUCUGAACUCACAAAUGUAGCAAUAACUUUAAAUGUGGAUUAAUUUAUCUUAUCUAAAUUUCACUGAAUAUUUAAUUAUCAUACCAGGUUUAGAUAUUGUUAAUUUAUAGGGUAUAAACUGAAAUGAUCGUAAAUUGAGGUGACUUUUAAACUAUACCAGUGUUCUAAUGCUAUAUUAUAUGAAGACAAGCUUCAAAGCUACGUUAUAUUUUUAAUACAAUUAAAGAGUAUUUUUAACUUUUCUCAACUACAAACUGAAAAUGUAUUGUGCUUAUUUCUGAAUUAUGGUACAUAACGUUUAAUGGCAAGAGAAAGCUUUUAUGCGUUAUUGUAUAUCAACUAUAGUAGUUUACAAACUGAA